AUGAGGAUGUGUGACAGAGGUAUCCAGAUGUUGAUCACCACUGUAGGAGCUUUCGCUGCGUUUAGUUUAAUGACCAUUGCGGUGGGCACAGAUUACUGGCUGUAUUCCCGAGGCGUAUGUAGGACUAAGUCUACAAGUGAUAACGAAACCAGUCGGAAGAACGAGGAAGUCAUGACCCAUUCAGGGCUUUGGAGGACCUGCUGCCUGGAAGGUGCUUUCCGAGGGGUAUGCAAGAAAAUUGACCAUUUCCCUGAAGAUGCAGACUAUGAACAAGACACAGCUGAGUAUCUGCUACGAGCUGUGAGAGCAUCCAGUGUCUUUCCUAUCCUCAGUGUGGGGCUGCUAUUCUUUGGAGGUCUAUGCGUGGCAGCAAGCGAGUUCUACAAAAGCAGGCACAAUGUCAUUCUCAGUGCAGGGAUCUUUUUUGUAUCUGCAGGGUUAAGUAACAUCAUCGGGAUUAUAGUUUAUAUCUCAGCAAAUGCUGGAGACCCUGGCCAAAGUGACUCCAAAAAAAGUUACUCCUACGGCUGGUCCUUUUAUUUCGGAGCCUUAUCUUUCAUCAUCGCAGAAAUCGUGGGUGUCAUCGCUGUGCAUAUCUACAUUGAGAAGCACAGGCAGAUCCGUGCCAAGUCACAUUCUGAGCUGCUGAAGAAAUCCACCUUUGCCCGCCUCCCACCCUACAGGUACAGGUUCCGGAGGCGAUCCAGCUCCCGGUCCACAGAACCCUGCUCCCGAGACCUGUCCCCUAUCAGCAAAGGCUUCCACACCAUCCCUUCCACUGACAUCUCCAUGUUCACCCUCUCCCGGGACCCCUCCAAGGUCACAAUGGGGACCCUCCUCAACUCCGAUCGAGACCAUACUUUUUUACAGCUCCACAACUCCAUUCCCAAAGAGUUCAAGGAGUCGCUGCACAAUAACCCUGCCAACAGGCGCACCACACCUGUCUGA